AUGGACGGGAUUCGUCCACAUUUCACUGUGAGGACGUACUUUAGUUUUCUUCUUCUGAUUCUGCUUCAAACGUCCACUGAGGCCCAGGACAUCUGUUCUGCUCCUAUAGCUGUGGAAUUUGCAGAAAACAACAGGGUGGGUGAUGUUGUGGUGACAAUCACUGUCCAACCAGGGGUGACCCUCGAGUUCAAAUCUCCCCCAGACCCCAACAACCCAUUUAUUCUUGAAGGAAACACGCUGAUAGCUGCAAAGGUGUUGGACCAUGAGACCAUAAAAAGUUAUGGAGCCCAGAUCAUCUGCACUGACAAAGCCAUAGGCCUCCAGUUGGGCAUCAACAUUGUUGUACUUGUGACCAAUGUGAAUGAUAACCUUCCAGUCUUUGAUCAGGAAGCCUACAAUGUCAAUGUCAAUGAGAUGUCUUCUGUAGACACAAGUGUGGGCCACUUCCCUGCCACAGACUUAGACGAGCAACAGAUCUUCUAUACACUGACAUCUGAAUCUAACGGCUUUAAACUGAAAUCGUCUACCAUCCCGGAUCUCCUUGUUGCAACACCUCUUGACUAUGACAAAGUCAAAAAUGUCAAACUAAUAUUAUACGCUCAGGACACACCUUUGGAACCGCCCAGUAGCGAGGCUUCAUUCACCGCCACCACCACCAUUAUGGUCACCAUCUUAGACGUGGACAACAGACCGCCGUGGUUCCAGCCCUGCACCAUGCACGAGAUAGGGGGGGCUGUGAUCUGCCAGAGCGCCGGCUACACCAGCAGGGUCAUCCUAAAUGAACAAGAGACCGGAGUGUUACCACUGAAACCUGCACCACUUUACGCCAUUGACGGGGACUCUGGGAUAAAUGAGGAGAUAAUGUACUCCUUCCUGAGCGGAGAUGGUGAUGGUCUGUUUAAGAUCAACCCGAACUCCGGGGACAUCAGCAUGCUGAAGCCGGCCGACGUGUUGGGGACGAUCAGUCUGACAGUGCUCGCUGCUCAGAAGAUGAACAGUUAUCAGUUCGCCACCACCACCGUCACAGUCAAUGUUCAGGUGAAGAGUCUCCACCCUCCACAGUUUCAGAGGCCUCAGUAUGAAGGCAUCAUCACUAAAGUGGGCGCCAUGGCAGUGGAUACAAAGAACAAGGACCAGCCGCUGCGUAUCAUCGCCACAGAUGAUGACUACCCUGGGGGUCUAAAUCCCCACAUCACUUACUCCAUUAGCAGGAGCAGUGAUUUCUCCAUCAUUCACGGCUAUCUAUUCAUGACAAAGGAUGUCUCACAGGGAACAGUAUAUCUGCAAGUGGUGGCAACAGACAAGUCUAACAAUGAAUCAGCUACAGCCCAGCUCUCAGUGGACGUGACAUCAGGUCUUACCACCACCAGUUUGCCUCUGAGCACUACAGACAUUAUGACCACGACGUCCAUAGGGGAAGCUACCACCAACAGCAAGACUACUGAAGAUAUCGUAUCCACAACCAGCCACAGUACGUCCACUGACAGCAGCAUCUCAACUACCAUCCAUAGCACAACCAUCAUCUCCACCACUAUCUCCAGUAUGUCCACUGAAGGCAGUUUUUCAACCACUAAUCCCAGUUUGACCAGUGAAGAAAGCAUCACAACAGCUACCACAGCUCACCUUCCCACAGUGAUCAUACCAUUAGGUGGCUACGGGCCAACGGAGAUGGCAGCGGUCGGUGCGACCCUGGGUGUCCUGCUGUUCAUCUGUCUGGUGGUCAUCGGGGUGCUCGCCUUUCGUUUUCGGAGGGAGAAAGCAGACUGGAGGAAGAUCUAUGAUGCCAGCAUGUUCCAAAGCUCUCUGGGUCAAGGUUCAGAUGGUCAUAAGGAGGGCAUGCAUUACACCAAUGAUGCCUUCCAGAAAGAUGAAGAUGGAGACAGCACUGGCUCUGGAGGUCCAGGGGGGGUAAACGUAAUGGAUGGUGUAGAGCAAAGAAACAAGGCAAGGAAUUUUCUGCUCAAUGAGGCCAUCGUGAAGUCUUCAGCACCACUGCACGCCCUACUGAGUGACGACACCAGCCAGGCGGGCUCGGAUAAGGCCGACGACGAGAAGGAGGUGAAACCCAUCCUGACCAAGGAGAGACGCAUGGACGAGGGAUACAAGUCAGUCUGGUUUAAGGAGGACAUCGACCCCAAUGCCAAGGAGGAGGUGGUCAUUAUCCCAGACAACCGAGAGGACGACAGCGAGGCCGAAGAGUCAUCCAGCGGCAGAGAGGAGGAUGAAGUCGACAACCCACGGAUAAAACCCCCGAAGGUUUCCUUUAAUGACGUAGAUCUGGACAGUGGACUUGGGGUGAAGAUGGAGGAUCCAGCAGAAGACUCAGAUGGUGACGAACCUUUGAACGUUGAUCUGUGAGAGGCACAAAAAGGAAAGACACACAAGCACACAUAGCAGGAACCACCCAUAAUAAAAUUUAGUGAUCAUUUAUCAGCAUUAAGUCCUGUAACAAUCUGCAUUAUCAGUUCAUUCCAGAGGACCAGGACUGAACACACCUUACGGACAGAUUUUUAAAAAGUCUGAAAUUAAUUUAAUUCAAAACUUUAGUAGUAAGUAGUAAGUACAUUGAAAAUUUUACAGCUUUUAUUCUUUAUGUAAAUACUUCAUGUGUCAUAAUUAAUGUAGUGUAACCUGAUUAAAGAUAUCAUGUUCAUGUAUAAAAGGUGUUGAAGGCAUUUCUGUGGACUCCUAGUGGUUUGAACCUACUAUGAAGAUACGGUAAUAGAAGGUAACUCAGGAGGAAUAAGCUUUCACUGUACUUUGACACCAGUUACUUCUGUCGUUUCUCCAAAAAUGUAAGUUCUAUCAGUAUGUUUAGUUUGUUGGCCUUUCCCUCUAGUUUUGUAAGUGUCACACUGCCUGACAGGAAAAACCUAUGGCAAAAAAAUGAGAUGUAUUUUGAGUUAAUAAUUUACUGGUUGUUCAGUGCUGACAGAUUAAUACAUCAUGUUGUGUACAUCUAAAAAAGAUAAACUGCAGGUGAUAAAAACAGAAACAUCUGCAUUUACGGUCUGUGAUAAUAAAACCCUCCCUGCCGAUAGUGAA